ACCCUCAGGAACCUCUGAACUCGUCACAUGGAAAACAUCUGCACGUUGUUGUUUUUUUAUCACACAGCGCGAUGAGACGGAAGGUGUUCGACAUGUAGGAGCAGGUUUUCAAAGACUGUUGUCUGUGCAACAGGCGAAUCACCGGGAUUCUAACUCACUGAAGGCUCGCCUGCUUUUGAAACUGUUGCGCACACUCCCGCUGUGAUGUCCCUGCUGUGUGUCAGAGUAAAGAAAGCCAAACUUCACGGGCCUCCAGACAAGUUCAACGCUUAUGUGACUUUGAAGGUGCAAAAUGUGAAGAGUACAACUGUCACAGUCCGUGGGGAUCAUCCCUGCUGGGAACAAGACUUCAUGUUUGAGAUCAAUCAUCUGGAGUCGGGUCUGGUGGUGGAGCUGUGGAAUAAAGGUUUGAUCUGGGACACUAUGAUCGGCACAGCACUGAUACCACUGGACACCAUCCGACAGUCUGAUGAGGAGGGACCAGGAGAGUGGACGUCUCUGGACUCUGAGGUGUUAAUGAGGGAAGAUGAGAUAUGCGGUACCUCCAACCCAACUCCACACCAAGUGCUGCUUGACACCCGCUUUGAGUUACCCUUUGAGAUCCCUGAAGACGAGGCUCAAUACUGGACCAGUAAACUGGAGCGGAUCAAUACUAUGCGGAUACAUGACGAGUAUCCAUUGCAGGAAGAGGUUCAGAGGAGACGAUUGGCAUCUGUGCCCUCACAGUGCUCUUUCGAUGACCGUGACAGUUUGAUGGAUGACCGCGAUAGUGACUACCGCAGUGAAACUAGCAACAGACCUCCAAGGUUCCACAACACCUCCCAGACAAAUUCAUCAGUGCACCAGUACCCAAUAGGACACAGGGUCCAACACCAACCCCUUUCCAGAGAGUCAGACUCUACACAAAGCUAUGAACUGGACUAUAGAGAAACGAGGGGACCCAGGCUGUCACGCAGUAAGGGUGGAGUAAGAAUAACUCCUGUUGACUCAGGUAUGGGUGUUGAGGAUUGGGAGAGCAAAUAUAAUGUGCCUGAUUCAAGUGUCCUGGAUGAUUACUUGGAUGCUGAGCAGAAAAUGUGGGAGGACGAAGAUAAAAGCAUCAUUUAUCGAAUCAGUGACAGCCAGUGUGAAUCCAAAGGCAGUCGGUUCUACCAGACAGUAGAAUGUGAUGCGCUCUCCCCUGAGGAUACAGGGGACACUGAGCCAAAUGAACACAGACAGAGGCGUGGCUUUGGUAGUGGAGAAGUACGUUUAGUUUAUAAGGAAGCCGGCAGCUUUGACAAUGAAUUGUCCCCUCCUGAAAUUGAUAUUAUUCCCUCUGUCAAACAGCUACAACAGCAAGCAGAGAGAGAACAUUUACUUUACAAGACCAGACUGUGGGCCAAAACUGCCUUGGGGGACACACUUGAGAACUAUGCAGCUUUUUGUAAAGAAGAGGCUGAAAGGAUCAGUGGGAGGACUGAAUAUGGCUCAGUUGGUUCAGAUGAGAUGCAGUAUUCAUUUGGAUCUGAAGAAGAACUAGAUGACCUGACCUUCACUGAGGGGGAUUUUACUUACGAAUAUGAAAGUUUCUACCACCCUGGUAACUAUACGUCAACUUUUGGAAGACAAGGUUACAACCUGGUGCUGAAGAGACUAACCAAAAAACAGAGCAGCAAACACCUCAAGGAGGUUUCCUCUCUGGUCUUUUGGGGAGUCAAGACAUUGCCUCUGCACACCAAGCCCAGCCCUCACAAAACCAGCAACUACGGGGGCCAUCAGGGCAGCAACCUAACCAGCAUCAGGGCAAUAGACAGAAUCUUCAACGACAAAAACAGGUCCCUCCGCAACAGCCCCAGAAUCCUACCACUCCAUCACAACAGCAGCCACUUGUUGGUCAUUCAAUCCAGCAUCAGCCCCAACAAGGUAACAGACAGCCUUUGCGGAGACAAAACCAGAUACCUACACAAGCUGCUGCCUCAGCACCAGAGCCACAGCCAGGGCAACAUGUCAAACAUUGUUGGACCUGUUCAGUCAGCUGCUCAACAGUCCUCUCAACCCAGCCAGCAAGGAGGAUUCUUGUCUGGUCUGUUUGAAAUAAUUGCUUCAAGUCAGCACACGCCUGUUGUGUCAAGUUGCCUGCCUUGCACACCAGCUAAUUGUGAUCAUAUUGUAAGUAGUGAUCAAAAUUACUCUUUCUUUGAUUUGACCAAGGAAGAUAAUGUUCUGUCACAUCGAAAAAUCGCACAUGAGUCUCAAACUACACAAAGUAAAUGCUUCACUGACUCUAAUACAAUGAAAGCUGCUGAUGAGCUAAAAGGAACACUAACUGUAAGGCCAGCAAGGGAAUCACCAGGGACAGAAUUCUCAAAAGUGAAAUCAUCAGAUACCUUAAUGCCAGAAGAAAGUAUAAAUAAAGACGAUGGAAUAUCAGAAACAUUGCCUGAGCUUGCAUCUAAAGCAACAACCACAGCGUCUGCCAUUCCAGUCAGUAUAGGUAUAUUAGAAUCAGAAAUGUCUCAGCAACAAAGCAAUGAGGAACCUAUAAAGACUGUAUCCACAGUAAAUGACAAUGCUAACACUGGACUGGACUCGUCUAAAGCUGGUAUACAAAAGGAGACAAUUUGUAAUCCAAUGUCUAUUUACAUUGGCAUUAACUGCCCAGAAGUACAUUGCGAUAAUGCAGAGCAAACCCCUUACAUUAGACUUCCCCACAUUUUUGUCUCAGCAGCAAGUUCACCGGAAGAAGAGACAAAUGAACUAGAGUUUUCUUGCAAGUCUCAACCACCAUCAGUUAGUGCUUCUGAAGAUACCACACAAAUUAAGAUGACUUCACCAGAUAUUUUUCCACCGUCGGAUACAUCUAAGGAAGAUAAACCUACAGAAAUUAGGAUUACACAGACUGUAUUCUUAAUUGAAUCAGAGCAGGUUGAGGUCUUCUCACCAGAGAUGUCUGAUAUAUCCGAAAAAGUCAGAAAUACAGAAAUCAGAAAUGACACAUUAAGUGAUUCGGAGCAGGUCAAGAAUUGCUUGCCUGAGAUGUCACCUACAUCAGAGAUGACUACAUAUAAGCAUGCUGAUGAACAUGACUCACAGCACAUCCUAACCAAGAAAACCUCAACUACAGAGGUUUUGAUGUCUGAAGCUGGAAUAAAAACAAAGAUCCUAGAGACUUAUGACUCACAACUUAAUCUGACCUCCAUUGAUAGGAAAUCAGGAGCCUCAGAUAUAACUGCAGUUGCAGUUGAUCCUUUCAGUGAUCACCGAUGUCAGGUGUCAAUCACAAGCUUAGUGGUUGCACCUCAAAUAGAGGGUGCUGAAACUCUUGAAGAUUUAGCCCACAAUAAUGAAAGAUCAUCUUCAGAUGUUGAAUUGCCUGGUAAAAUCCCCUCACUUGAUAAGUUGCCACAGAAAGAAGAGUGUUUGGUGUCAGAUUUAAAAUCACCUGGAGAAUUACAGCAGCCUUAUGACAAAACUGAAAUGAAUGUCACUGAAUGUUCUCCAGAAGUCAGUCUUUUCCAGCCUCCCACAGAGGAAAUCAUCACCUCCCAGGUGGACAGUUCAGCGGUCAAUGUUGAUAAACCUGAGAGUGAGCAUCCAGGGAAAGGCAUAUUUUCUGUGUUGAGUGGUUCCAGCACAGCCUCACAGCACACAUCCUCCCAAACUGGACUAUCAAUCCUAGGUGGCAUACUUCCUGGCUCAUCUCCCAUAGACACUCCUGGCUCAGGCUUACUCUCAAUGUUUGGUGGGUCAAAUGCCCCAUCUUCACCAGGAUCCAAAGACCCAUCACUUUUAACCUCACAAGAGCCUCAGAGCAAAGGCUUGUUCUCAAUGUUUGGUGCAGCCAGUAGUCAACCACCAUCUGGUACUAGAGGUCCAAAUGUUGGAAGUGUUCGACCUAGAGGUCCUCCACCCCAAGUAACCACAGGCAAAGGCCUGUUUUCUAUGUUUGGUGCAUCUGCACCUCAGCAACCACCCAGUCCCAAAGGAAAUGCUGUGGAUAGUGCAACACAAAAAGGACCUUCUACUGGAUCUUCUUUAUUUGGUGGCAUCCUCUCAGGUUCUAAUACGAACAAAGAUUCCUCUGGUUCUGGUUUGUUUUCCAAGUUUGGAGCUCUCAGUGGCCAGUACCAAACAGGACCAACAGUUGCACUGCAAGAAUCCAGAGGUUCCGAGCUCUCAGGCAAGGUCUCUGUGUUUGGUGGACAUAGCCAACAAGCACCAGAAGCAUAUGCUGCAACAUCUGAAGCUUCUGAAUCAGAAGGUGUUUUUAAAGUUUCUUCUGUGUUUUCCCUGAGAGGAAGUGCUGAUGCUAACAAAUCUAAAACUGGGUUUGGCUUGUUUGGAAUGUCUUUUUCGGAGGAAAUCAAAACAGUGCCAAAAAUAUCUGGUCCUGUUAAAGAAGAGAUUCUUUCAGAACAAACACAAACCAUCACCACCAAUCAAACAGCAGAAAUAAAAGACAUCAUGAAAAAUGACUCUUCAACAUUUGUUGCUAAAAUGGAAUUUCCAGUUGAACCGACAUACCAGGACAUUCGAGAUUCAACCACUGAAGAGACUCUUCCCCUAACAGAUCAACUUUUAGAGGUGGACAAAAUGGCCAUAACAAACCAUACAUCAGUUGUAGGUGAAGCUUUUAUAACAGAAACACUGAAUGUGACCAGUAAUCUAGUGGAGAAAGAGACACAAGUUGACAAACAAGUUGCAAAAAUAGAACAUGAGGAAGUGCCAGGCAACCAAAGAGAACAUAAAGAAAUUGAAGAUGUAACGGAUGUUGAGAAAGAAUUUGUUGAAAUUAAAACAGAUACUCUCAAAAUUGGGAGCACAAGUUAUAAUGUUGACUCAGUUUCCAUUAAAAGCCCUUCAGAAAAAAGUGAUUCAGAUGUUUUUGAAGGGGAAUGUUUCAAUACUGUUGCUGGAGGAGAGACAAUUCUAGAUGUAGAAAAACAAGCGGAGGAGCCACUAAAACUUAUCAAUGAAGAUCAAACAGUUGUUGCUGAUGUGGAAAAAUCAACUGAGGUGUCUAUGGACGUUGCUGGUGAAGAACAAACCGCAGUUACAGAUAUAGAAAACAUUACCAAGGAUCCUUUCAUUUUUGCUGAUGAGCAAAAAGCAGCUGUUUCACAUGCAGAAAAAAACACAGAAGAAUUAAGUGUAGUUGAUUCAUUGAUAUCAGUUAAAGAGACACUUGUUUCAGAAUCCAUGGUGUCACCACCUUCAGAAACGUCAAAAUCCGAAAAAUCUACUGAGAACUUGAUAGGGGCAUCUCAAGAGAUGGUAAAAGAACCGAUUGAGGUAAAAUUACAAUUUGGAGAAACAAGUGUAGAAACUGUUCUUGUAAAACAGAGACCUUUUGAAAAUGAAUCAGUAGUAGUUAUCUCAUCACAAAAUGAAGAAAAUACUGUAGACACGAUUGCAACAGGAACUGAGACACCUCAAAAUAUGGGGCCUCUGAAAGCUCCAUCAUUGGGACCUAUUAUUCCUCCACCACAUCAACAGCCCAGGCCAGGCAUGACUAGGCCCCCUGGCCAACUGGGACAAAGAAUGGGAGCACCGAGAAUGGGACAUCCACAAAUGGACAUGCCAAGAAUGACUGGACCAAGGCAUCCAGGGCCACAAAAGCCCCCUGAAAGAGCUCAAUUUUCUGGCUUUAUGUCUAUGUUUUCUACCCCAAAUGCCCCAAGUAAAUCACCUGUUGGUGGAUUUUUUUCAAGUUCACCUACUUCUUUUUUUGGAACAUCACCUGCCUCUAGCCAGCCAACGAAACAGCAGCAGCAGCAGAAAAAAAGCUUUUUUGGCCUCCCAAAUAAUAUUGUUCCAGAAUCCCUUACUAGUGACCUACUUGAUAUAUUCAAAGUUCCCGAAACAACAAAAGCUGAGGAACCUCAACAAUGUAGCACAGAGUCUGGGGAUACUCCUAAAACCAUAAUCUGUGAAAGUCCUGACAAAAGGGAUGCAGAAGGAGGUGUACACUACAAUAUCACUGAGGACUCUGAGGUACAUGAAAAAGGGCUAGUUGAGGAGGCAGAACGAACAGACAAACCGGAGGAAGACAAAAAUUCUCUGACCGAAUCCACAAUAAACACCAAUUUCCCAGAAAAAAAAGUAGAAGAUAGUGAGGCUGUUGAAAACAUAAGGGGGGCAUAUUCUGCAUUACCUGACAAGGCUGAACCACACCAAGCUCCUGGAGACAAGGGCAUGUUUGAAUUACCAGGUCUGUCUGCCUCUAAAUUUGGUUUUAUGUCUGUAGCUACUGAAGGUACAUCAGCUAUUGGAUCACUUUUCUCUACCUCUUCAUCUCCAUCCACUGGUGCAAAGGCACCACAGUCACAACAGACAGAUGGCAGUAUAUUUUCUGGUUUCAAAAACCUUUCCGCUGGUAUUUUCCAUGAUGAACUUUCAACUGGAAAGGAAGAAACAUCAUCUGCUUCGUCCAUAUUUGGUAUAAAACUUGGCUCAGUGUUUGGGAACUCUGAUGCUCCUAAAUCUGUAUGCACCACCCCUGCUGUCACAGACCAAUCUCAGUCCCAAAGUUCAAAGCCCAGUGAUGAAUUCUGUGUGCCAGAGUCUGAGAAACGUUCCCCAGGUUCAGGAGAAACUGAAAGUGCAGAUGCCAGUGAUACAGAAGGGCCAACAGAAACCUCAAAAUCAGGAAGCUGUGACACGUUAGCACAGUCAAUGCAGUCUGGCCUCCCAUCUCACUCAGCUUCCUUAGCAGAUGGUUUGGAUAAACCCCAGUUCAUAGUCCCCCCAAGUGAGGGAAACAAGACUGAAGUUGACACACCUAAGACCAUGCAUGCAGAUUUGGGCACAGAUCAACUACAGGACCUGUUGACAGAGGAAGCUGCAAAAAGGCUAGUUCACCCACCUGACAGCAGUCGGUUUGAUUCGUCAGGCAACCUAAGCCCGGUCAGCUCCCAGCUCAGCUCUGAACUGGAGGAGCGCCAAGAUCUAGAGUCGUGCCACCACAGUGGACGUCAUCCCCCUCUCCACAGCCAGCCAUCUACAUGGGAUGAGGAAGAAGAAGAGGUGGAGGUGGAAGAGGUUGAGAAAGAGCUGCAUUCCCUACCAGAGCCUGGUUCAAACAAACAUUUGAAGGACUCUACAGUCAUCCUGUCCAAACCAUUCCUUAACAACCAUGAUAACAAGACUCAGAUGAAAAUCUGUUUCUUUGAAGAUGGUCCUCCACCUUGUUCCCCAUCCAAAGUUCGCUGGCUAAAAGCAUACAACAAAGUGAGAGUACAGCUCCUUGAGGGCAGAGAUCAAGAUGGUGACCCCAACAAGCACCCAUGGGCCAAGCCAGGGGGAAAUACACCAUUUGGCAUUGACAGCAUGCCAGACCUCCGCAAGAGGAGGCCCAUUCCCCUUGUCAGUGAACUGGCUAUGUCUAUGAUACAGUGCAGGAAAGCUGGACUCGCCCACACACUGGCCACACGGACCUCGCUGAAAGAUGAAGAGCUUAAAAACCAUGUGUACAAAAAGUCCCUUCAGGCUCUGAUCUACCCCAUCUCCUGCACCACACCCCACAACUUUGAGGUCUGGACGGCCACCACACCAACCUACUGCUAUGAGUGUGAGGGUUUGCUGUGGGGAAUUGCUCGGCAGGGCAUGCGCUGUGCUGAGUGCGGGGUCAAAGUGCACGAGAAAUGCCAAGAGCUGCUGAAUGCUGACUGCCUCCAGAGAGCAGCUGAGAAGAGCUCCAAGACAGGUGCUGAAGACCGAACGCAGCACAUCAUCAUGGCCAUGAAGGACAGGAUGAAGAUCCGUGAGAGGAACAAGCCGGAGAUCUUCGAGGAGAUCCGGAAGGUGUUUGACAUCUCCAAGAUGAUCCACGCCCAGCACAUGAAGUUCAUCAAGCAGAACGUCCUGGAUGGCACCUCCAAGUGGUCAGCCAAGAUCACCAUCAAUGUCGUCAGUGCCCAGGGUCUUCAGGCCAAGGACAGGACAGGCUCCAGUGACCCAUAUGUCACCAUCCAAGUUGGCAAAACCAAGAAGAGAACAAAGACCAUCUAUGGCAACCUCAACCCAGUUUGGGAGGAGAAGUUUAGCUUCGAGUGCCACAACUCAUCCGACCGCAUCAAGCUGCGUGUUUGGGACGAGGACGAUGACAUCAAGUCACGAGUGAAGCAGCGUCUGAAGAGGGAGUCUGACGACUUCUUGGGUCAGAGCAUCAUCGAGGUCCGAACGCUGAGUGGUGAGAUGGACGUCUGGUACAACCUGGAGAAGAGAACAGACAAGUCUGCAGUGUCUGGGGCAAUUCGUCUUCAGAUCAGUGUGGAAAUCGAGGGAGAGGAAAAAGUGGCACCAUACCAUGUUCAGUACACAUGCCUUCAUGAGAAUAUGUUCCACUACUUCACUGAUGUAGAAGGAGGCGGUGCGGUGAGGAUCCCAGGGGCUCAGGGAGAUGACGCGUGGAAGGUGUACUUUGACGAAGUGCAGCAGGAAAUCGUGGAUGAAUUUGCCAUGCGCUACGGCAUCGAGUCCAUAUACCAGGCCAUGACCCAUUUCUCCUGCCUGUCCUCCAAGUACAUGCUGUCAGGGGUUCCAGCAGUGAUGAGUACCCUGCUGGCUAACAUCAAUGCCUUCUAUGCCCACCCCACUGCCUCCACCAAUGUCUCUGCUCCAGCCAGAUUUGCCGCCUCCAACUUUGGGAGAGAUCGUUUUGUGAAGCUUCUGGAUCAACUUCAUAACUCCCUGCGUAUAGACCUCUCCAUGUACAGAAAUAACUUCCCAGCCAGCAGCAAGGAUCGCCUCCAUGACCUGAAGUCAACAGUGGAUCUUCUCACAAGCAUCACCUUCUUCAGAAUGAAGGUCUUGGAGCUGCAGAGUCCUCCCAGGGCAGCGAAUGUGGUGCGAGAUUGCGUGAAAGCCUGCCUGAACUCCACCUACGAGUACAUCUUCAACAACUGUCUGGAGCUCUUCAGCCGUCAGUUCCAGACUGCCGUACAACCGCCUGAGCCAGAGAAGAAAAAGAAGAAGGAAAAAGCUGAUGGAGAUGAGGAAGAAGACGAUGAUGAGGAGGACGAGGAGGAGGAAGAGGAGAAGAAAGAGGAGAGCCAGCCAGAAGAGCAGGGACCAAGUAUUCAGAAUCUGGAGUUCUGGCCCAAACUCAUCACACUCAUCGUCUCCAUCAUUGAAGAGGACAAAAACGCAUACACGGCCAUCAUUAACCAGUUUCCUCAGGAACUCAAUGUUGGUAAAGUCAGCGCUGAGGUCAUGUGGAUGCUGUUCGCUCAGGACAUGAAGUACGCUCUGGAGGAACAUGAGAAACAUAAGCUCUGCAAGACUGCGGAGUACAUGAAUCUGCACUUCAAGGUCAAGUGGCUUUACAACGAGUAUGUGAAGGACCUGCCUGCCUUCACAGACACUGUGCCUGAGUACCCAGCGUGGUUCCUCCAGUUUGUCCUGGCCUGGCUGGGUGAGAACGAGGACGUGUCGAUGGAGUUCAUGCAUGGAGCACUGGAGCGAGACAAGAGAGAAGGGUUCCAGCAGACAUCUGAGCACGCUCUCUUCUCCAGCUCGGUGGUGGACAUCUUCACGCAGCUCAACCAGAGCUUUGAGAUCAUCAAGAAACUAGACUGUCCUGACCCCACAGUGGUGGCCCAGUAUAACAGACGCUUUGCCAAGACGAUCACCAAAGUGCUGCUGCAGUACUGUGCCCUGCUGUCCAAGAGCUUCCCCUCCUACUGCGAGAAGGAGAAGAUACCGUGCGUGCUGAUGAACAACAUCCAGCAGAUGAGGGUUCUUUUGGAGAAGAUGUUUGAGUCAAUGGGAGCAAAACAGAUGGAUACAGAGGCAGCUAACAUCCUCAAUGAGCUACAAGUAAAGCUGAACACUGUCCUGGACAACUUCAGCACCAUUUUCGCCAAGAGUUUCCAGGCUCAUAUCAUUGGCUGCAUGCGUCAGGUGGCUGAGAUCCUCUACCAAAUCAAAGGUCCUCCCAAGCAUGACUCUGCAGAAGCAGAUGCUGACGUCAUGCUGAGACCUCUCAUGGAGUUCCUGGAUGGAAACCUCAGUAUCUUUGCUGACAUCUGUGAGAAGACGGUGUUGAAGAGGAUUCUGAAGGAUCUGUGGAAAAUUGUUCUCAGCAGCCUCGAGAAAACCAUCAUCCUGCCCCAAAGUAACGACAGCCUGGGAGCCCAACUCCUCACCGCAGCUAAAGGACUUUCCAAUCUCAAGGGAGGAGGUGAAGCCAAAACCUUGACGCCCAAACAGUGCAUAAUUAUCGACGCCGGGCUCGAGACCAUCAAGCAAUAUUUCCACGCAGGAGGAAACGGGCUGAAGAAGGCAUUUGUCGAGAAAAGUCCUGAGCUGGCAUCACUGCGUUACGCUCUCUCACUCUACUCCCAGAGCACAGACGCUCUCAUCAAGACCUUUGUCACCACACAACGCUCCCAAGUGCAUAACGGAAUGGGCAUCAGAAUCACUGGCAAUGAAAAGAUUCGACCUGAUCGGGGUUCAGGGGUUGAGAAGCCAAUUGGAGAGGGAGUCCUACAGAUCGACAUAAUGUCUGGGAAAGAACGCAAGGUCACCAUCAGAGUCAUUGCAGUGAACGACAUUAAGUGGCAGACUUCAGGUAUGUUCCGGCCUUUUGUUGAAGUCUCCAUGGUCGGGCCCUUCCUGUCUGACAAGAAGCGCAAGUUCACCACAAAAUCGAAGAACAACAGCUGGACGGCAAAGUUCAACGAGUCUUUCCAGUUCACCCUAGGUAAGGAAUCCACUGACUGUUAUGAACUCCAGGUGACCGUGAAGGACUACUGCUUUGGCCGGGCGGACCGGGUUGUCGGUAUGGCUGUGAUCCAGCUGCGCGAUGUCGCUGACCGCAAGACCUGCGCGUGCUGGUGUCCACUAGGACAGCGCAUUUACACCGACGAGACAGGCAUGACAGUGAUGCGUAUCCUGUCCCAGAGACCCACUGAUGAGGUGGCUAAGGAGUUUGUCAAGCUCAAAUCUGAAAUUCGUCCAGCGGAGGAGGGAAGAUGAGGACAGGCACUGACUCGGGAUCAGAAUUGAUUCGUGGAAAUAUGGAAAACUGACAUGGAUCAAGUUUUCAAUUUGGAGUUAUGGCUAAUUUUCAUUCACAACUUUGUUAAUGAGAAGCGUCAUCUUCAUCAAACAAUAUGGAGGAGAAACAUGCAGUUGAUAUACAGUAGACAGAGGUUAUCUCUCAAUAUUGUUCAGAGAAGGAUGUACAAUGAAAAUAUGCACUAAAGGAAUAGGUAUAAGGAACAUGUGGGUUUAAAUCAUCAACUCCGAAACAUCUUUCUUUUGGUUUAUCUGAGAGAAACUGAAAAUAACCAGUUAAAUCUGGAUAAAUCUUAACAAAUCUGUUACCUGUUGAACAUCAUGGAUUUGUAUCUUAGUGCGACAUUAUGAAGAUAAUUAUGUGGCAUUAGUUCUCUCUGUUGGGAGACUGAGUCACUAUGUUAUGAGAUGGGAGUGAGUUGGACGAGAUAAUCCCAGAUUAUUUUAGCAUGUGAGCCUUUGAGUUUCAUGAGUCUUUUGAUACAAGUCAUCAAACUAAUGUCACAAAAAAGCAUAAACAAAAAGUAUACUUGGUAUGUAUGAGUUGUUGCUAAGAGCUAUAUCUUGUAACAAACUUAACGCUGCUGUCAGCAGUGUCAUCCCUCCUCAUCACCUCAUGAAUGUGCUUUUUUAUUGUUUUUAUUAUUUUAUUGACCAGCAAACAACCUACCCUCACAAGCAGAGAUGGCCAUCACUGGUGGCUCCUGAAUGGAUAAAGUUAUGUGGGAUACUUGAUAAGUUUCUCCAAUAUUUACUGUCAGAAUUGUAGGCAACAACAUGUCUUUGACAAGGAAAACAAACAAAUAAAAUAUUACUGUGAUAUUCAAACUAGUGCAACAUGCAUCAGCCAAACCAUCAUGUGAUCCAAGGAUACUGACACCUCUAGCACCAAAUGCAUUGGGACCAUUGUUCUCAAACUGUGGUAAGUGUACCACCAGUGGUACCUGAGCUUCCUCUGAUGGUACCAGGGUACUGACUGGAGUGUGUAGAAAAUUAAACAAAUAACAAAAAAUAUUUAUAAAUGAAUUAAUAAUAAUAAUUAGAGCCAUCUUAUCUUUUGCUCCAUCUAAAUCUAAUUUGACUAUACCAGUGUGCUUAUUAUGUGAAGAUGAGGAGGAUGAUGAGAGACCAAAUGAUCUUAUUUGGAAUAAAUCUGCCUCCUGUGAAACGUCUGUAGAUGACUUUGCUCGACCUAUUUACCCCAGUUACUUUGAGAGCUCAAUAUUUUGUCACGUGGUACUUGGUAUAAAAGGUUUGAGAACCACUGACUUAGGAGGGUUAAGGUCCAGUGUGUAAGAAUUGUGAGCAGCUAAUUGUGAGACAGUAGACAAGUUCCUCUGCUCACCCCUCCCUUACCCAAGUGGCCAGGGAACUACGGUGGCCUUCGCAUAUCAGAAGGAUGUUGUUUGUCUUUGUUUGAGUAACUAGCUAUGAAAUGAUGAUGAUUUUUAUUUUAACAGGAUUAUACUCUAAGACCAAUAAACCCUCCUAAAUGUUACACACUUAGACACACACUGCAAAGUACACUAGUACAGUAAAACAGAUUAUGAUGCACUGAGCCAGGAAGAUGAAGCAUGUUUGGAUAAUGUGUGUCACCAUUAAAUGCUGAUAACCUUUUUCUCAAAAUGAAUAUACACAGUGAAUAUCUGUGUCUCGUUUAUAAAAAAAAUUAGAAAAGGAAGAAAACAUGACGUACUGCAUGGAAUGUGUUGUUAGUUCAUAUGAAUUACAUAGCCUUAAAAAUGCUAGCUAGGUAAUAUAGCUAAGUCAUUGUACUUAAAGAAUUAUAGUGAAUUCCCCUUUGCCUCAGGAAGUCAGAACUUGGAAUGACGUCAUACCCAUGUUUAGUUAAUCCAGUUUCCACUGAAACCUGACUGGCCCGUACAAGGUUCGCUAACUAGCAAGCUAACCUAGUCUUUUGAUUAAAACAAUACAUACUGUUAAAAACAACACUGCAGCAUCAUGUACAAAGACCCCAGUGAGAGUAAGCUAAUGUACAUGAUUUAUAAUUGGACACAAAAAACACAAAAUACAGCUAAAAAUGACAACUUUUCACUGAUUUUGAGAACAGCUAAUUUAAAUUGUGAACUUGGGGCAAAUUGAAACCUCUGAGAGCAACUGGAACACACUAUUGAGGCUUGAAAUCUUCUUUCAUGUGUUUGUUUCAACAAUGAUUGUGUCCAUAUAACUUAGCCCCUAAAUGUGAAUUGAUCUUUCAAGUAAAAAAGGCUGUGGGCUUGUUGUUGUUGUUUUUUUUUCAAAAGCAAAGAGUUGUGGGUAUAGUAGUUUAAAGUGUAUGACAGACCACUGGACUGUGGUGUGUUGAUUAAAAUGCAGCUUCUCCACACUGUGAGAAGAAAUCACAAGUCAUAGGUUUUAAAAUUUAGCUCAUGUUUUUGCCAAGUGUUUAACUGUGACUGUGAGGACAGUAUACCUGUUCUGAAUGCAAGCAACCAAAAGCUGGAAACCUGGUUUUCAGGGUUAAAUAGUGCAAACACUCUCAUGGAGGACUUAAUGUGGAUACUUUACAGUUUUCUUAAAAAGAAAAAAUUAAAUUAUGAAAAGUGAUUGAGAUAUCACAGCCUUGCAAUGCAUGCAUCACAUGUUUUUUCAGCAGGCACACUAUGAACACUACACAGGCAGAUUUGACCUAAGUGUAACCGGGUUGAUCCACACUGUUUACAACGUGCCAAGAAACGUAAUUGUUCAGCAAGCCGUGUUUGAAUAGCUCUCUUAAUGAUUUCUGUCUUGUUUGCAGUUACAGAUGCGACCACUGUAGAUUAUAUAACUUUCUGCUGCACUUAAGGUUAAAAAUUUAAAAGAAAUUAAUUUGGUGCCGUUUAGAUCAGAUAGUAUGGGCAGUAACGUAGAGUAUUUGGUUGUGUCAUAUUAUAAUGAAUAAAUGUUUGUCCACAAGUGCAUGAAAGGAGACAUUUCACAGUGGCCAUAGCUGUAGUGACAACUGAGCUCUUGCACUUUGUGUCAAAACAACUGUAAGUCUGUAAAAGAAAAGAAAAAAACAAACUCAGAAGCCUAUGAACAGAGCAUGUAUUUAUUGUAUACAAUCAACUUCAGCUAGAAUUGUGUUCUUUUUCAUAUAUGUACUGUGAAAUAUGAAGAUUGAUCAAAUGUAUGUAAAGUACUCAAUAUUCUAAUGUGACAUAUGUUGAAUAUACUUGUAACAAUAUUUUGUAUAUAAAAUAUUUAUGAAUCAA